UGUUUCUGGGGGAGGAGGCGUUUGAGGAGCAGGAGAUUAGAUGAGCGCUAUAAAAGCGGCCGGCAGACGCACUGGACACGAGCUGAAAGCGAGAAGCAGCGAAGAACAGAAGCGAAGAGAACCGGCAGAAGAACCAGAAACUCAAGCACACGUAAGUGGCAGAAAUGGACGCCCCUGCACCUGCUGAGAAGAGAGGACCACCAAAGUUCAAGCAGAGGACCACUCGCACCUUCAAGAGCAAGGCUCCCAAACCCGGACAGAAGGGCUUCGGAGACGAAAUCCCCGGAAUGGAGGGUCUUGGCACAGACAUCACCGUGAUCUGCCCAUGGGAAGCCUUCGGCGACAUGGAGCUUAGCGAUCUGGCAAAAUACGGGAUCGUGUAGCCACCUCGUCCGGCCAACUGUCCUCCUGCUCUCAACCUGAGAUCAUUGAUCAGCCAGAAUUAUUCAAUGUCACUAGUUCACAGAAUGGUCCAUUCACACCAAGACCGAUCCAGCAGCAGAUGCUCUCAGCCCAACACACAAAGAAGAUGGGAUGUGAUAAAUAAACGGAGGAAAAAGGACAGAUCACAGGUCUGGCUCUUCUGGAGCUCUCAGCAGGAGGAAUCAACAACAACAUCACUCAGUCUUUCUUUCGUAAUGUUGUAGCAAAAUAGAGAACUGUGGACAAAUCAACGUUAUUUUUUUGAACUGUAAAUAUGAUUGUGUUUGUGUCAAUCAAUUCAUGUUUAAUUAAAAACCAUUGAUUUGGCAGUAGAACAUGAAAAUAAACAUUUAUUUUCCCAUAAA